GGCAUCAAUCUAGAGUGUGCCAUGCCCACGGUUUUCAACAGAAACGCAACGAUCUGCUAAUAAAUGGAACUGCUAGUUGCUAGCGAGUGAGGGAUCCAUCUUCUUGAACGAAGGCCAUCAAUACGCAUUUUGUUUUCUGUUUAUUUAACUAGCGGCUGUGUUUUCAUGGGAAAUGUAUUAGCAAGCUAACGUCAGAUAGCUCGAUAACUGCGCCAAAAAUGAUGCGAGAUUCAAUCGAAUGUUGCACUGCUAGCUAGUCAGCCAAAUCUGACUGGGGAAUGGUCAUUUCUCAGUUUGCCAGCAUCACAGCUCUGACACAUCACGAAGCCGUUCAGCUAUCGAGACAUAACGCUGGAAACUUGCUAGCGUUUAGUUGGAUAGAAAAAGAGGACGAACAUUUGUUGGGAAGCGGUGACUGUGCAAUUGCAAUACUGGUCAUAUGGAUGCGUUGCCUUCGUGUGCAUUUUAUUGACAAUUGUGGCUUGGCUCUAGCUAGGGGGCGGACAGCUCUGAGAAGGCGGACAGUUGGCUACGUUAGCUUGUUGGAUGUCGCGGCAGUGCAGUUAGGUUCGUUCGUAGGGACGCACGAACCCAGUCAGUGAACAGGGGGUAUCGCAAUAGAGGCUGGUAAUAGGGAUAGUUAGCUAGCCAGGUAGCUAGCUAGUUUUCCAACUAACGUUAGCUAGCUAACGUGAGAAAUCUAAAUAAGGCUUGAAGCGCGCAUCAACGGAGAGAGGCCCUCAACACACCCCCUCGCAUCGACACUGCCCCCACUUCGCCGAUCCUCCCGUGAUUUGCUGAGAUCUGAACACGGGUGAAGUCGGACAGUUCUCGGUUGGGGACAACUUGACAGCGAGGCCCCUAGCUCCCCUCCCCCAUUCCCAUCCAAGACCCCUCAGUCCACCUCUUCGCAAGUGAGGAUCGGGAUAUUAGAUACCUAGCUAAAGUUAACCCAUCCAACCGAAAUCUGUCAUCCAGCUAGUCCAUUCUAACUCGCGGGUUGCCAAAACCAGGAGGGAUGACUUUGGAGUCGAUGAUGGCUUGCUGCCUGAGCGAAGAGGCGAAGGAAUCGAAACGAAUCAAUGCGGAGAUAGACAAACAACUCCGGCGAGACAAGCGGGACUCGAGGAGAGAACUGAAAUUGCUCCUUCUCGGUACAGGAGAGAGUGGGAAGAGUACAUUCAUCAAGCAGAUGAGGAUCAUCCACGGGGCGGGCUACACAGAGGAGGACAAGAGGGGUUUCAUCAGGCUGGUGUACCAGAACAUCUUCACCUCCAUGCAGUCUAUGAUCAAAGCCACAGAGAACCUCAAGAUCCCCUUCAAAUACGAACAGAACCGGUCUAAUGCCAUGUUAGUGAAGGAGGUGGACAUAGAGAAGAUCUGUGGUUUCGACCAGCCCUACAUCAGCGCCAUCAAGACCCUGUGGGCCGACCCUGGGAUACAGGAGGCCUACGACAGACGCAGGGAAUACCAGCUAUCAGACUCCACUAAAUAUUACCUUAGUGAUAUAGACCGCGUCACCGCGGAGGGAUAUGUUCCUACUCAGCAGGAUGUGCUUCGUGUCCGGGUCCCCACCACGGGAAUCAUAGAGUACCCGUUUGACCUGGAGAACUGCAUCUUCAGCUAUCUAACUGAUCUGGACCGUAUCUCAGACAACAACUAUCUGCCCACACAGCAAGAUGUUCUGAGGGUGCGAAUCCCCACCACCGGCAUCAUAGAGUACCCCUUCGACUUGUCAAGCAUCAUUUUCAGGAUGGUGGAUGUAGGGGGUCAAAGGUCAGAGAGGAGGAAGUGGAUCCACUGUUUUGAGAAUGUCACUUCCAUCAUGUUCCUGGUGGCCCUCAGCGAGUACGACCAAGUCCUGGUGGAGUCUGACAACGAGAACCGUAUGGAGGAGAGUAAGGCGUUGUUUAGGACCAUCAUCACCUACCCCUGGUUCCAGAACUCCUCAGUCAUCCUGUUCCUCAACAAGAAGGAUCUGCUGGAGGAGAAGAUCUCAUACUCCCACCUGGUCGAUUACUUCCCUGAGUUUGAUGGUCCCCAGCGAGAUGCCCAGGCGGGCCGGGAGUUUAUCCUGAAGAUGUUUGUGGACCUGAACCCGGAUAGCGACAAGAUCAUCUACUCCCACUUCACCUGCGCCACGGACACCGAGAACAUCCGCUUCGUCUUCGCUGCCGUCAAAGACACCAUCCUGCAGCUCAACCUCAAAGAAUACAACCUGGUCUGAGAGACUCUUGCAUACACACACACACACACUUCCUAGUUGCACAGCUUAGCCUACACACACACACACACACACACACACACGGACACCUAUGAAGCUUACACACACCUACAUGUCUAGUUGAUCUUUCCCCUCCUGCUUUUCACUCCAGCGAUUUUAAGACCUCUCUCUUCCAAUAUCUCUCCUCCCAUUCGCUCUGUCAUUCCUUCCCUCUUUCUACCCUUUUGCCAUAAGCUUGUCCUCUCCCUCGUUCUCAGCAGCUUGUCAGUCUCCUCUUCUCCAUACCACACAUACAUACACACACGCCAUGCAGUAUACAGUGACUACGGGAGGGGACAAUGGGUGUGUGUGUGUGUGUGUGUCUGCGUGUUUGUGUGUGAGAAGGUGAGGAAGAGGACCAGUGUGGUCAGUGAACUGUGGGUCUUUAUCCCUUGAACCAUCAGUCAACUGGCCUGAGAUCACAUCCUCUGAUUUGGUGGAAGGAGUGACCCAAACGCAAGGCAAAAAACACCUGAGAGGGUGACGUUUUACACUCUAUAAGGGAGGGGAUAAAGACUGGGAGUGGGGUGGAGACGAUGAGGUAACAAAGGAAGCCACUAGGACCCGAGCAGGAAGUGAUGUCACACACAAAUGAGGAGUCAGACCAAGGAUUCUGUUUGCACCUCGCAUCGAUGAAUGUAUACUCCGAGUGAUCGUUGCAAACGCAAAAAAAUAUAUAUAAUUAAAUAUGUUAUAAAGUAAUUACAUAUGUAGACAAAAUACACUAAGACUGAAAGCACCAGAAGGAGUGGAAAAAGCUAAUUGAUUAAAUAUGUGUAUCGCUGAGCUUUUUUACAAAUAGUUUUUAAUAAUAGUAACUUGUUGCUACGUCAACUUCUAUCUGACGACUAAGAAGUGGUUUGAAAAGUUUUAGAAGCGGUUAACAAAACAAAAUCUCGUAUUUAAAAAAUUUGCAAAAUUGCCAAAAUAUCACAAAAACAAGAUGGUAACCAGAAACUGACUCUAAUUUUAUCCUUUACAGACGACUGUGGUUGUUCAUGUUUAGGUUUGAUCACAUCGCUUCCCUCCUUCACUGGUAUACUGACUGAUACACCGGAACCUUCCGUUUGACAUCCGCAGUACCAUGUUCGAGUUUGAUACACGCUACAUUAAGAUUACCGAACAUCCAAUACUCGCUACUAUGUUCUGAUUGGACAGUCGCUGAGGGGGAGGGAGUCAUGAAUGGAUGAUGUCAUCAGCAUACGGUACAUCAAUCUGAAAGAAUGACAUCACGUGUUAAGUUGCCCAGCGACCCAAAUAGAUGUGCUCUGGAGAUUCUGUGCAAUCCAUCCCCACAAAUGACACGGUGGCAUCCAUUAUCCCAGACACACAGGAAGCUUUACGUUGUUUACUUUUUUUUACUGUAUAGACACUUUUGUUUGUUGAUGAGAGGUGGUUGUUGAUUGGUGGGAGCGGGGGACGUAUGAUCCUGCCUCCCAAAUGGACAGCGCACUCUGAAGUCUACAAAAAGUUAUUGUUUGUGUAUAUUUCUGUUUGUAAAUACAUGUACACAGAAACGCUCCUGUACAAAAACACUCUGUGGUACAAAAAAUCUUUGGCAAAAAAAAAACAAAAAAAAAAGAAAAUCCACUUUUUUUCGAUAGUGUACUGUUUUUGUUUUCCUAUGAAUUUGCUAGUAUUUAUACUGUGAUUCUGGAUUUCUUUGAUGAUUGAUAAUCAGUUGAUUAUAAGAGGACUACACACACAGAGGGCUGCAGUGAGAGGAAAGGAACAGUCUCCGAACCGAGGUUCUAAACCAUCAGGAGCCUUCUAGUCUAGAACCUUUAGAACAUUCUAGAUCCUCGGCUUUCCUCUGCAGCUUCUCCCUACUAACACUAGAGCAGAUUAGUUAUUCACAAUAUGUUGACUAAAGACAUGAUAUUAAAAGAGUAACUAAAUAAAGAUUUUUUUUUUUUAAUUUAAUAAUUUAUGGAACCAGGUUUGAAGGUGUUGAUGAAUUUGACUGCUUUUGUUUCUAUCAUGUUGAAAUGCGGUCGGGGCUAGACUUGAGUCUAAACUGCUGUAACAAAACAAACGUCUACUAUAGUAUGUACUAAAUCUCUGCUUUCUUUUUUUAUCUUAAGACAAUUCCAGAUGUACUUUGCCAUUCUAUCUAUAUCCAUGUUAAAUUCUAUGGUUUUCUUCUCACAUUAAGUCACUUUGUUUCGUUUCAUUGAUGAAAACUUGUAUUUCUCCUCUUGGGUUUCUAAUAGGCACAGCUCUGUAACUGCAUACAUAGGAAAUGUACCAUAUGAACGUAGGUGAAUUUUUAUAACCAGUGAUUGGAGACCAGUACGGUCUAUGCUUGCUCUGUCGUUGUAAUUUAAACACAGUUUGCGUUGUCGUUGGUUUGAGUUGUUUUAGUUCAAGUUCCGAGGCUUGCUUUGAUAGAACCAGUGACGUUGCAGAUCUACUUUUGAACCUCUUUCUACAGGCAACUCUUAUUCAUUAUUCUCAUUAAGGGCUAUCGCCAUGCAUCAGACAGGCAGGCAGAUGGGGAGAGACGGCGCUCAAUUCGGUUUUCCAUUCAUGAAGUGAGUGGAAAUUCGAUGAGUGAAUUCACAAAUCCUAGAAAGCGAUGGGCAGUAGAGGACAAGGUUACACUGUUGCAUUCUGUCCUCAAGGGCUGCAGUUUUGCUGUGGUUUUUUUCUGUUGCCUUCUAACCAAAAAUGGAUUUCUACCUGUGAAAUCAGGUGUUUGCAAUCCCUAGACGAUUGGUAACAUUCAUUGAUCAAGCAAAUGCCGGGGAGAAAUGAAAACCAGCAGGAAUGCGGACUUCGAAGCACUGGGUCGUGCACCCCUGGUUUUAGGUUCACAGUCAACUAAGCCAUUCACUCAUGAGUGUUUUGUAUCAACAAAGACUGUGUGUGAAUACAGCUGUGGUAGGAUACAUGACCAACACUAUCAUUAGAAGGUUCAUUUUUUAACUUUUUAUUUCUCUGGAUCAACAGUGGAUCAGACAAGCUUCCAGCUCCGAAUGAGGGAAUCUGUCAAGCCCCAAGUUCCCUACUUCACUGUUUGAUGUGUUAUCAUCAAGGGUGUGAUCCUGGAUCAGCUUACCCUCCCUCAAUGCUAACCUUAAAGACCCAGUGCAGUCAAUUGUGAUUUUCCUGUGUUUUGUAUAGAUUUCCACACUGAGGUUGGAAUAAUCUUGUGAAAUUGUGAAAAUGGUGAUAAUGCUAUUUUAGUGUAAGAGCUGUUUGAAAAGACCGCCUGAAAUUUCUGCCUGUUUUGGUGGGAUGGGGUUUUGAUUUGUCUGUUCGAUAUCACCAUGCGGUAAAUUAGUUAAUAAACCAAUAAAUAAAGUUUCAAACCUCUCUGCCAAUAACAGCUAGUUUUCAGUUUCCCCCAUGCCACUCACACCACUUCGACAGUCCUAGCAAAAUUCAUGCUUGAUAAAUUACUCUUGCCAAAAAGCUAUUUUUGUUCGUUUUCACUCAAAAUGCUUCAAAAAUAAUCAAAGGUACUUAACUGUUACCCAGAAAUGACUUGAUUUUGAGGUUUAAAAAAAAAAAAAAGUCUGCAUUGGGCCUUUAUCCAUUAGGGGGGAUGCAAAAGUGACCUUAGAUCAGUGUUAAGGGGAACUUUCCUUCUAAUGUCCUACUGUUAGUUUUACCAUCCGGGGGUGUGCUUUGUGCUUGUUGAGGAGAUUUUACACAUUGUCAAUAGACACAACUACAGUAGAGGCAGGGUGGUAAACCAGGUGUUAAAAUGCUAUUCCAAGUUAAAGCAUAGCUGCACAACACACAGCUCUAGCACACCUGUGCAGGAUUUUGUUCCAUACCAGCACUAACACCCCAGUCAACUGAUUGAGAACUAAUCAUGGUUUUGGAUUUAGACCGCAACUAGUUGAACCAAGUGUGUUAGUGUUGUACUGGAACUAAAGCCUGCACACUGCAGCCAGUAUUAGAGGAUGUUAUCCAAGUAUGACAUGCAGUAUUUAAUUCAGUGUUGACCUGCCCACAAACAAUGUGUUGAAUACAACUCACAUAGCAAACAGACAAGCACUUGGGCUCCUGUACUGCCUCCACAAUGAAGGGUGAAAACAGCCCUAACUACAAUCAUCUAACUUGGUGAUUAAUCAGUUAUAUUUAUAGGAAACACUACUAAUCUCUUGUUUACCACUUUCUGUGGGUUAAUUGGUUGGCACUCCUGAAGUGUCUGCACAUUAGGGCCCAGAGUUUUUCCUAGGCUUUAACUAGGACCCAGAGUUUUACCUGGUCAGAUUAACAUGGACAUGGUGCAUAUUGAGAACUUAGCUUGACUUAUUUCCUUUCAAUCUUUUUUGUAAGAUUAAAAAAACAUUACCGGAACACUAUUGUAUUUAGGACCACUUGAUUUAUUUUUUAAUCUAAGGAAACCUGAGGGUUAAAUGUUUUAGUUGGUGUAUAAAAUAUACAAUGCUGUUUUUGUUUAUUUUGUAUGUAACCCAAAUGUAAAUUAUGUAUUAUAUUGUGUGCCAACCCAACUCUCUCUAGAGCCAGGCUCUCUCUCUCUUAAGUGCCAACGCUGACAUCAUCAGGGAACAGCCAUCUUGGAUGGUCCCAUUUUUAAGAACACCAGAGACCUAAACACGUGGUGACUACGCCACCCCUAACAAAAACUAUAAGUACACAUUUUUUGUGUAGUUAUAUAAUUGCAUGUAUUGUUUAGUGUUGGGAGGAGGUGAGGCCUCGGAAAAAUGUAUUGGCUGAUGCAGAGAUCUUGAUGAAAGGGUGAAAUCGGUUAUUGAUUGAUCGGUUGGUUAUGUAUUAUUGAUUUGCAAUACUCUCGCCAUAUUUCUUUUUUUUUGUUGUGUGUUUUCAUGCAUUUGUUUCAACCACUGUUGCCUGAUCCUCAUUCAAACAUGAACAUGAUUUAUUACGAUCAUCGCCGCCUUCUAAGAGAGAACAUAAUGACAAGGUAUCUGUUUUAAAUUUAAAUAAAUUUGUUCGUAUACUUGC